GGCUAUCUCUGGGCUAUUCUGCUGCAGCAAAAAUGGGUGGGGCUGAAGUGGUCUGCAAGUCUAGACCACACCCACUUAGUUCAAGAUGCCCAUCUUUUAUUAAAGACACAAAACAGUCUCUGUUCUUCACACUAACGUCAUGGAGUAUAAGUCAAUAGCAUCAGAAGUGAUUAGAAAGAACAAAGAAGAGCUGAAAGAACUGAGUCGUGAGAUAUGGAACAAUCCUGAGCUGAACUUCAAAGAAUACAAAUCCUCAUCAACCAUCAUGAACUACCUGGAGGAGAAAGGAUUCACUGUAACGAGGGGCUACUGCGGACUGGAGACCGCCUUUAAAGCAGAGUAUGGGAACAAGGAGAGAGGAGGUCCUAAUGUAUGUGUUAUAUGUGAAUAUGAUGCACUACCAGGUAUUGGACACGCCUGUGGUCAUAAUCUAAUAGCUGAGGCUGGAGUGGGGGCGGGGCUGGGGGUACAGGGAGCUAUAGCCGCUGGACUGAAGGGACAUGUGACAGUAAUGGGGACACCAGCAGAAGAGGGAGGGGGAGGGAAGGUGCUGAUGAUAGAGAGAGGCGGUUUCACUGGGGUUGAUCUAGCCAUGAUGGUCCACCCCGCCCCCUAUACCUCUAUACAUAAUGAGUAUUUAUGUAUCACUAGACUACUCGUCACUUUUAAAGGUAAGGCGGCUCAUGCAGCUGCCUUUCCUUGGGAGGGAGUGAAUGCUCUUGAUGGAGCAGUAGCUGCCUAUACUGCUGUAUCACUGGCCAGACAACAGUUUAAACCAACCUGGAGGGUUCAUGGUAUAUUCGCUGAGGGAGGAGUCAAACCAAAUAUAAUCCCUGAAAGAGCUGUUCUCGAUUACUACAUAAGAGCACCUACCAGGAGUGAACUGGCUGUUGUCAAGGAUAAAAUGAUAGCUUGUUUUAAAGGAGCAGCAGCUGGUACUGGCUGUGAGGUUAGUAUAGAGAAGAAGGACCAAGACUAUGAGAAUGUACUGACCAAUAAAGUCUUAGCUGAUCUAUUCACUGAUAAUAUACUAGCAUUAGGAGUUACUGAUAUACGACCAUCAGGACCAGCUGGUUCCACUGAUAUGGGUAACGUGACUCACGUGGUCCCUGGUAUUCAUCCUAAGUAUGCUAUAGGAGGAGGAGAGGUGAACCACUCACCAGGGUUCACUGCUGUUGCUAAUAGUGACUCCUCUCAUGAUACUACACUGAUCAUGAGUGAAGGAAUGGCCCAUACUUGUAUUGAUAUACUCACUAAUAAUGAACUGUUGGUGAGGGCUAAGGAGGAGUUUGAGAGAGACAAAGAUCUUAAAUAAUAAUAUCAGUAUUAGUACUGUUGGUAUUGGUGAUUUUGUAUUUGCAUUUUGGUAUUUUUCUUGUAUUAUAUUGAUUAGCAGCAAUGCA